GGUAACAGCACCCUUUUCGUGUCACCACGAACAAUAUUUGAUCAAACUUCGGCGACAGUGUACCUCGAUAUAAGAGUGCUUCAAUGUCAAGACGAAGCUGUUUAUACAGUACGUAUAACAAGUGACUUGGGACAGAUUCAAAGACAAACAGAGUUACAUGUUUUACGUGAACCAACUGCAAAAAUAGUUACACCCAAGUACCUGUUUUCGGACGAAACUUUAGAUAAUAUCAAGUGUGAAGCAGAUAUCGGCUAUCCAUACGGUGAAAUUGUUAUGAGAGUCUCCUAUGAUGAAGGAACAAAUUUUGAGAAUUAUUUCGUUCCUAGAGAAAUGAUGGACGUGCAAAUAGCCGAGCCUUGCAAGGAAAUUGUGUCCGUCAACUUUACUGGAUUCUUCGACCGAGGUCUAGAGAAAAACUUGACGCGUAUACAAUGUGGCGUAUAUGACAGCAACGCUAUACGCUCGGAAGAUGGUUAUAUAAUGUCUCCUGAAAAACCUGUGAGGAUUGUACCAGCCAACAUUUGUGAGGCGAAAGGUUCACAAUUGAUUCACAACCCUUAUGAACCAUGUGGGUACAUAGAGUGUUCUCAACGAAAACUUAACACAUGUCCUGUUUCGACAUGUUUUGAUCAAGAACUUUUAAAGUGUAAAUGAGAUUUGUAUGGUUUUUUUUUGGUGUUGCAUAAACAAAAAUGUCAAUAAAUAUAUUUAUUUUAAA